AUGUUAAUCUUACAGACCCUUUAUCAGAAGAAAUAUGGUGCCCCGCCGACUCCUAUAGCCAUUAUCAUCGGCUCACAUCGCAGCGGACUCAUCCCAAUAUCUGCAUACAACCUUACCAAUCCGUCUGCCAAUGCCUCCCGUGAAGAAAGAACAGCGUAUCAACAAUCCAGGUUACGUGGAUACAAAUCGCAACUUCUACUUGAUCUUGACGUUUUCUCAUUGAAAUCAUUAACCAUUCCAGACGAUUCGAGUCUAACCAAUCCAACAAUGCAAAGAAGCAGAUGGGUUGAAUCAAGUGACCUAGUACUUCCAAUAAGUAGCUCAGAGAAAGAAGGAAUUUCAUGGACGGCGCAAAACCCUCUCAUUUGGGAGCAUCUUUAA